CUCUCUCUCUCUCUCUCUCUGGCCUGUGUGCACUCAGAUGCAGCAGCUGAGAGAUCAGUGAGAUCAGUGUCUACUACAGAGUCAACUUUUAGGGUUGCAACAGCGACCAAGCACCUGCUGACAGAUACAGUGUGAACAUCCAGAGUCUGUGGGCACAUCAUGGGAAACUGCACUUCAGGGAUAAAGAAGAAAAGGAAAGGGGAUCCUGAACCACAUGGAAAAUGCAGCACAGAUAAUAAGCCUAGCGAGGAUGUAACGUAUGCCUCUAUUGACCACAGCAGUACCAAAGGAUCAAGUAGAACCAAACCCACCACUGAAGAUGAUUGUGACUAUGCAAUAGUUUAUGUCCCGGCAGCACUUCAACCUGAAACUGUGUCUGUGUCAUCUAAAGACGAAUGCGCAGACGACUAUGUGCUCAUGGGGUAAACAGGAACUUCAUUCGGGCUAUUGCGAGAGGCAGGAUUCGUAGACGAUAUCACAAAGAGGAGAAAGUGUCUCUUGAUCUUCAAUGAAGAAACUGUGACAAAAUGAAAAACAAGCAGACACCUACAGUCAACAGCAGCUGCAAGCCUCAAGAUGUUUCACUCCACUUCUGAGGUAGCCUAACCUCAAGUGUGAACACAAUUGUGGUGUUCCUUCCACGAAAAGACAAAACCUCCAUCACAUCUGUCGAACUUUUAUAUUGUAGCAUCUUUUAAACAAUUCUGAUUGCAUACACUUUUGUUUGCAGAAAAAUAAUUCAACAAAAUUGGUGUACCUGCUGAGAAGUUGUGACAUUCCCAUAAUAUCUGGAAGUAAGUCAGAUGAAACUGAACUUUUCCAAAUUAAUACUACAUGUUCUAAGCAGUAUGUAAUGUGUUCACACUGGAAAAGUGACAAAAUAGAGUCAACUCAAAGCAGGCAGAAUGUGUAACCUACUACAUACAGUCAAUUUUUUAAUAUGCUGUUGAUGGAUCCUAUUCUCCCACAAUGCAAUGCACAAAGGAAAUGGAGGUUCAGCUCACAGCUGGAAAAAAAUUGAAGGUGUUAAAUUCGAUAUCCAGAGCAUUACUAUAGCAGCAAACAACUAUGUGCUAUGUAAAGAUAUAGAUG